CCGCGAUAGUAAUUUGUGCAAAACACCGAAUUUUUCCGGAUUAAUUAAACCCAGAAAAUACUAAAUUUGCGCUACCUUUGGCCGACUUUCCGGGGAGAAAAGUAUCCGCAAAAACCAGCAGCACACGAUGGCAUCUAAGGUGGUGGGCAAGAAGUUCAAAUGGGGCCUAGAUUUCAACACCAAGCCCCGCAGCAGCAACUCGGACAUUCCGGCACCGCCCGGCUACAACCCGUCGGCCGACGUGGUCAGCAGUAAGGUGUCGAACCCGACCGACCAGAGCCACUUGAUUCUGAAAAAGUCGUGGGAAAUCGCACUCGGACCCAUCAAGCAAUUUCCCAUGAACCUCGUGAUCAUGUACAUGUCCGGCAACUCGAUUAGUAUCUUCCCCAUCAUGAUGGUGGUGAUGAUGUUCAUCCGGCCCGUGAAGAGCAUCCUUGCGACACAUUCCACGUUCAGGGUGAUCGAGGGAGUGUCGGCCACCGGCCAGAAGCUGGUGUUCAUGCUCGGCAAUCUCGUCAACGUGGGACUCGCGCUGUACAAAUGCCACAGUAUGGGCCUUCUGCCAACGCAUGCGUCCGAUUGGCUUGCUUUCGUCGAGCCGCAGGCCCGGUUGGAAUACUCUGGCGGUGGUAUCUCCCUGCUCUGAGCGAAGACUAGAGGCGGCGGUUUGGGUGCAUUUUCAUGAUUUGUAUUUAUUCUACACUACAACGUAAAGCUUGAUGAGGUUUUGUGUGGUCGGACGAAUAAAGGAAAAAGACAGUAAAUAACAAAUAACGAUAUAACGUUCACUCCGAGAUUUGAGGAACCAGCGCUAGC